AUGCCAGGGAUACCUUCACGCAAGAGGAUGGUUUUUAUAAGCGGUAAAGGAUGGGUUGGUGGAGCGGAUGCGGGUGAAUUGGGGGAUUUAGUCGAGAGCUUAUUUGAGAAAAAGCACUAUGACACGUUUUACAUAUCUCAACGAGCUGCAAAUGCAAUAAUAGCCGUAGUAGCAAACUACCACAUCUCAAUUGAAGCCUUAGAAGCCAUAAAUGCUUUCCUUGAUGAAUUCCUCUAUUCUAUCCUCAACACAGCCCAUUCGUUAGCACUCGAUCGCAUAAAACGCUCCAUUUCAACAGUUCUCCCCACCAAUCUGGGCAAAAAAGCCAUACAAGAAGCCGAGCUUGAACUCAAAACCUAUGUCGAAUCCGGUGCAUCCGAUCACACCAAGGAACGAACUGUUCAUAUAACUCCGUUUCCUCUGCAAAAAGUUUACGAGCAAUUCAGGGUAAAGUGUCAAUAUUUUAGUACGCUCGGGGAAAAAGGAGCUGAUGAACGUGAUCAUCAUAAUGUCCCGGAUUUGUAUGGCACCGAAGGAAUUCAUAUUGCUCCUAGCCUGGCUAUCUAUUUGACCGCCAUAUUAGAAUAUGUCGGGGAGCAUGUUUUGAUUAUGGUGGCAAAGAUGAGCGAGAAAAAUAACGUAGAGGUGGCGAGGCUAAAGGAAGUACAUGCUGCUUUGACACAAGACGCACAAGUAUAUUCUUUGUUUAGAAGAAUGAAGCUGAGGGAACGUUUGCAGCUCGUCAGCCCGAACCCAUCAGGUCCAUCAUCACCAAAUUUUCCAAAAUCUCCAUUAUCCUCACCGACCUCAUCUGGUAUUUCCAGCGGGCGGCCAUCAUCAGACUCACUCUAUAAUUCGAAUAGUGCCUUUCGGUCUCCGCCUUAUAGUCCGUUGUCAUCACCUACUGGAAACCGUGGAUACGAGAAUGGGAAUGAUGCAUCCCAACAAAGCAUACCUCAACAGACAAUGAUUCGCCACACCUCUGCUGAUGGGUCCCUUAAUCGAAGAGAACCGGAUCAUAACAAAGAAAUGAGGAGCACAAAGAGUAUGCAGAGUUUGGGAAAUCCAGCACAGCGCACUGCUUCUAGCGAGGAAGCAAGAGAAAAAGCAAAAUCGCUGGAACAUCUAAUUAUGUCUGAUUCAAAGACUACUGUGAAAGUAACUUUGACACCUAACCGGUUAAUUACGAUUGAGAGCGUAAAAAAAGCUCCUCCAAGACCAGUCCCUCGCGCACCCGUAUUACCCGGCUCCAUACUUCCGGUCAAUGGAUCAAGCACUAAUGAUGACGAUAUCUCUGACGACGAGCUAAUGUAUCCUGGACAGAAACGCAAAAAGAAGGAGCAGGAAGAGAGUUUUAUUGAAUUUCUUCGAAACACUAGUCCCGAGGAUGUUCUAGGGAACUCAAAACCAGCACCGAAGAGAAGCAACACUGUAAAGAGAGGAAGAAUGAAUAAAUUAGAGGCGAUUUCGGAGGCACCGAGACAAGGGGGGAAAGGAUCUACUAAUGGAUCAUCAAAUUACAGACCGAGUUCGGGGAAAGGCUUCUCAUCUACCUCACCAACAUUACAAUCUCGAUUUGAAAACAAGCAAUCGCUAUCUGAGAAACCUUACUCCACUAGUUACAGUUCUGGAUUUCAAUCAUCACAGACCAAAACUAGACGGCGACCCGAUCCAUUAUCUAUCGACGACGACGACGAUGAUGAUUUCUUGCCAGUGCCAGGACAGAGAAAACCGCAUUCUUCUCAGGCUUUAAUGGAUUUCCUCGCGACGACACCACCGGGUGAAAAAACGUCGUUUAACGAUCCAUUUAGGGAACAGAAUAAGAAAAAGUCAUCAGCUGCCACUACAACAAAAUUUGGCAAGUUUUUCUCGCGUUUGCGUAAGACUUCGUUUUCUGACGACACAAGCAGCAUCACAGGAUUAUAUAAUGGUAAUUCAGCAAAUUCCUCUGUCAACACACUUACGAGUUCACAUACGUUUCCUUCAAGUGCCGGCCGUUCGCAUGCAGCGCCAAAAGCACGGUACAUAAAAAUCGAAAUUCCCGAGAUACCGACACAGCCUCCACUUCCUGCUGAACCUAGCGUAUUUGAUCAAGUCGAA